AUGACAUCCCAAUCAGCGCUAUCGUACGAGGAGCCGGGCAUCCGGACAAUCCUGAUCCUAUCAGGGUUUCUGUUGGUUCUCAAUUUAGCCAACUCUCUCCUGGAUAGAUUGGUAUAUUGUGGCUUGAUUGGGCAGAUCUUCAUCGGAGUAGCUUGGGGUAUGCCGGGUGCACAGUGGCUGACCCUCGACGCACAAGAGAUGAUGCAACAAUUGGGCUAUCUUGGCCUUUUCCUUCUCGUAUAUGAAGGCGGACUUUCAACAUCGUUCAAGCAAUUGAAGGCGAAUCUUCUCCUGUCGGCAGUUGCCGCAUUCACGGGUGUUGCGACUCCAGUGGCCCUGUCAUUUGUACUGAUGCGCCUCGUGGAUUCAACAUCCCUUCAAGCAUUUGGUGCCGGAGCAGCGCUAUGUUCAACAAGCAUUGGCACCACCUUUACAAUCCUCUCCACAACCGGUUUGGACAAAUCGAGACUAGGAACUGUGCUCAGUGGUGCUGCAAUGAUGGAUGAUGUUGCAGGCCUUGUCAUGGUCCAAAUCAUAUCGAACCUGGGCAGUUCCACUACUGGGUCAUUCAGCGCGGUGACCGUCGUCCGUCCUAUUUGCGUAGCUGUUGGCUUUGCUAUUGGGAUUGUUCUCGUCUGCGGCCUUGCUGUUAAGCCAGCCGUGCGAAAGUUGCGGGGGAUGAACAGCAGCCUACUGCGCAAAGGCAAGAAGACCCAGGUAGCAUUCGCUCUACAUAUGGCGACUUUGAUCGGCUUCGUGACUGGAGCAUCAUAUGCGGGUACCUCGGGACUCUUUGCAGCAUAUCUCGCAGGUGCCUGUAUCUCCUGGUUUGAUGAUCUCCAUAUUUCAACCGAGCAGAGCUCAUAUCAGGGGGCUAACCCAAUUUGUGAGGCCAGUGGUGCCUCACAGUCACCCAUUGAGAUGAGCCCACGAGGCCCAAGCAGCAACAUCCCGUCUCGAACGACUCCACAAGGGAACGGCGCUUUGGGUUCAGACUCAUCUACAAGCUUUGUUAGCGAAGAUAAACCUCGCAUGGCUUCAGGCCAGCAGACUUUUACUGCAUAUUGCAAGCAGCCACUUCAAUUCAUCUUAUGCCCAUUCUUCUUCGCGUCGAUCGGGUUUGCGAUUCCGAUAACACAGAUGUUCCAAGGGCAAAUUGUCUGGCGAGGUAUUGUGUACACCUUAUUAAUGGCACUUGCAAAAAUUGUCACUGGUAUCUGGCUGCUACCGAUUACGAUCAGCCCGGUAUCUGGCCUAGCGAAACUCAAAAGAGUGGUAGCAAUCCCGAUUACUUGGUGCACAUCAAGUCGCAAGCAGGAGGCCCAUAGACAAGUGCCUGAGCGAAACAAGAAAGGAAAGAAAACAGCUCACCAAUCACGCGUUUCUACAAAUACACCGACAUCUCAACAGCAGUCAGGAGCCGAAGUUCGCUCUCCAACUCUAUCCCAAAAUCCCACAGCAGGGAAACAGCCACGCUCUCUAUACCCAGCCUCUAUUGUCGGAUUGGCGAUGAUUGCACGAGGCGAAAUAGGAUAUCUCAUUGCGUCUGUGGCAGAAACGGGUGGAUUAUUCGCACAACCUGACAAAGGCACCAUUAACGGCAUUUCAGAAAUCUACCUGGUCGUAGUGUGGGCAAUUACGCUGUGCACUAUCAUUGGUCCGAUCUGUGUUGGAACUCUUGUGAAGCGAGUGAGAACUUUGCAGGCCCAGAGAAGUCAAUCUGGCCAGCCAGAUCCUCUGGGUAUAUGGGGCUUGUCCUAG